AUGGGAUUGCGCGCCAACAAGACUGACAGAGCAAGAUAUGGCAGUGGCGUUGACAAAUUGUGGGUGAUGGCUGAAGGCAUUAUUAAUGAGUCGGUGGCUGCUGACUGGGCUUGCCAGCAGCCAUCCCGAUUGGACAGAAGCAAGGGACCACGCGUGUUGGCUGGAUCUGAUAGCGCCGUCAUUGGCUGCUCGUGGCAGGAUAGCGGAGAGCACGCUUUUGUCUUCUUAUCCCACAUGCCUAGCGAUUUGACUUUUGCUGCGCGCGGCGCCUGCUCGCCACGACGAGGAGACGCGCAAGAAGAGCGGUUGAAAAGAAGAAAAGAACGAUGGCUUGGACAGGAUGACGCUCGCUUAACGUAUGCCGAGCGCAUUCCCAUUCGGGCAAAUUAA